AUUACAUGAACCCUCGAAUGACUAUGAACAACAGAGGCUAGCAACCUCAAUAGCAAAAUGGUCUUAGAAAUGAUUACUAAAGUGUAGUUUAAGUAAAUAGUGUAAUCAUUUUAUAAAGGGUAUCUAAUCUUUAUUGGGAAUCUCAUUUUCAGCAGUUUAAUUGUGCAUAUUUGGUUCAAUGUUGAUGGAUAAAACUAAAAAGUUAUUGGAAUUCUUUAAAUCGGGAGCUGUCACUUCAAUUAAUAAACUUUUAACAUUGCUCCGAAUCAAGCAAUUUCUUAAAGGGGAAUUGACUAUGACUUAGAUAGGUAAAUCAGUAGUAAACACUAGUACUCAAAUUGGUAAGUAAUGGAUAAUUGCAAUUCGAUUGCUUUUGUUAGUUGGUAUUCUUAAAUUAAAUAUGCAGUCAUUCUAUUGAUUGGUGCGUUGUUGGCACAUAUGAAGAAGAAAAUCAAAGAAAAAUAAGAAAUUGAAGUUGCAUUAAAGCAAUAAGAAAUCGAAGAAGCAGAAGAAUAAUAAUAAUAAGAUAAUCAAGUUGACGCAUCUCAAUUACCUAUACAAUAAAAUGAUUUUUGGAAUCAUAGUGAAGAAAACACAUCGAAUUAAGAGUAAUAACCUUAACAGUAACAAUAAUCAAACCCUGUCCCAACAAUUAACUACCUUAAUGAUCUCCCAGUAUUCUCCAAUACCGGUAAUCCAAGUAAGCCAUGGAUGAAAUGA